CGGGAACUAAGGUGAGCCAGGCUGUCCAGGGCUGCCGGAGACUGGGAGAAGGUGAUGAUUUCUGCCAGGCAUAAUAUUAUAAGUUUAGGCUGUGGGGCGAGGCUCUGGUAUCCUGUAAAUGAAGCAACACUUUCGCUUGCAGGGUCCCAGACUGUCAGAUGGAGAAAACCAAGAUGGGUACCAGUGGCCAAAAGCAAGAUGUUCAAAAUUCCUCCCCGUACAAUUACACCCAAGGAGGAAGUGGUGGAAAUAACACGCUUGUUCAAUAUGUAUCGUACACAAAUGAGGGCGGUCAGACGGCACCUCUGGGAAGAGAGCCUCCGAAGAGCUGAUACUUCAGAGCUAUCCAUGCAGCAAGCCGCAGAAGACGAGGCUGAACAUCAGCAAAUUUUGGAGUACAACCAUCAAGAGAAUCUAAGAGUGGCAGCUUUAAGAGAAGAAAGGGUUCGCAAGGAGUUUGAAGCUAACUUGGCUCGUGUGGAAGCUUCCAAAGAGAAGCUAGCUAAACAAGCUUUGGAAGCCCAAGAGAAAGCCUUACAUCUUAUCACUGAGACACAGGCAUUGGUAAAGACUUUCAUCAAAAGAGAAGACCUGGAAGAAGCCAUUGAAACCGCUAUAGCAAACCCAAUUGAUUACAACUUUGUCAUUGAUCAGGAGGGACAUAUAUUCCGUGGAUGCAACACAAAACCGGAAAGCAUUCCUGAAGAAGAUAGAGAAAAACUGUUGAGUGUAGCACAGGAAAGGUGAAAAGUUCUGCUUAAACUUUAAGCGGCUUAGAUAUUGUACAGUACCUCUUAAGUCAGGGGUUCUCAACCAGGGGGGAAUUUCCCCCCUCAGGUUUUCAGGGGGUGGGAAAACUGAUACUAAUAUGGAAAAAAUAAAGGAUUUUCAGUAUUAUAUGCAUAUUAUUUGGAAUGCACUUUUGAGGCAGACAAUCUUGGAAAGGAGGGGGGAAUGACAUUCUGACAUAUGGUGAAAGGGGUGCAUGGGGCAAACAAGGUUGAGAACCACUGCUCUAAGUGAUGUUAAUAUUUUAUUGUGACUACAGGGGUACUUUAGUCCAUGAGAUCAGCAUCAUCCAUUGACCUUUAUUUGUUUUAAAGAUAUUUUCAUGGAACUAUAAAUAAUAGAGAGUAAAUCAAGUCAGUUAUUAUUUUUACUUGACUCACUCUUAUAUGGAAUGAUUGAAUUGAGGCAAAAACCUUGAUAAAGGGGAGACAUGAUGGAGUAGGGUGGUCAAAUGUAGCAGACAACAAGAAAAUGAUCCCAUAAAGUCUGUUGUGGCUAGAGGGUUAAACUAUUUAGCUUUGUAUAGACAUUUUGUCACCUGAAAAAAAAUAAUUGGUAUACCUGUAUUUAACUUCAGUACAAACAAAAAAUUUAAAUGAGUGGAAGAAAAUGUUUUGUCAUACCUACCUUAAUACUUCCUUAGUUAUUACUCACAUAACUUAGAAUGACAAAUACUUACUGCAUAAAUUGUAGUAUAAUGUAAUCCUUUGUACAUAACAUGAUAACAUGAAAUUUGUAUAUUGAAAUAUCUUGCUUAGAUUAUCCAAAAUAUAAUGUAAGUAAAUCCUCUGGUGACAUACUAAUAAAAUCACUGAAAUUUCAA